GUCUGUAACGUCCGUAGUUCAAUAUUCUAAUUAUUUAAUUUUGUUUUUUCGUGCACGCAGUCAGUGAGUGAUGUGCGUUAAUGAGUCACGCUGUUCAAAUUUGGCGCUAAACGUUGCCAAUGUUGUGUGUCUGUGCGCGCUCCUAACGGAAUCCUGCAUGCUUAAGCGUAGUAAACUCCGCAACAUGCUUCGGAUGGGUGACGCCCCUCUUCAGUCAUCUCCUUGGACCUGACAGUGAGAUCCCCAUGACGAGCGUCGAAGCCUCCUGGGCCGUGUCUAUCAUCGAGUUGGGGAACCUGGUGAGUCCCCUGCCUGCUGGGAUACUCACCAACUACGUCGGCCGCAAGCCUGUCCUUCUGGCCGCCGGACCAAUGUACAUCAUCAGCUGGCUCAUGAUCAUAUUCUACCCCACGGUGCUGAUGCUCGGAGCUGCAAGGAUCGUCCAAGGUAUCGCAAUGGGUCUAGUCUACACCGCAGGACCCAUAUAUCUCGGGGAAAUAGCGAGCAAAACCACAAGAGGGACUAUAAGCAGUAUAUUCUUCAACUCCUGGUGGCUCGGAUUCCUCAUAGAAUACACGGUCGGCCCCUACCUCACGUUUUACCCCUUUACGUAUUUCACGCUCCUUUUGAACAUCCCGUUCCUAUUGUUAUUCUGCUGGCAGCCCGACAGUCCGUACUUCUACUUGAUGAACGGCGAGGAGGAAAAGGCAAGGAAGUCUCUGAAGUGGUUCCGGGACGCGACUCCUGAGGAGCUCCAAGAAGAGAUGGAGGAAAUAAAGAUGAGUGUUGAGGACCUGAAGAAGUCGUCCAGUGUCAGCGACAUCGUGGCGACCCCGGAGGAGAGGAAGGCUCUCACCAUCCUCAUGGUGUUGUCAGCGGUCAGGCUCCUCAGUGGUACCGGAGCGAUCACUGUUUACGCCACUGACAUCUUCAACCUCACACCCAAACUUGUGAUUCCAUCUGACAUAGUCACCAUCGUACUCGGUAUUGUUCUGUUUGUGGGAGGCUGUAUCAGUUCGUUCACCUCGGAUUCCCUCGGGAGAAGACCUCUGUUGAUGGUGUCCUGUGUGGGCACCCUCUUGUGUCAGGUCUGCACCGGUACGUAUUAUUACGUUUUGACCAACACUUCUCUGGACGUUUCCGAAUACAGUUGGAUCGCAGCGGUUUUGAUCAUCGUCUAUUGUGGUUUGUGCACUUUCGGAAUGUACCCGGUGUGUUCCGCAUACACUUCCGAGCUUUUUAGCUCGAACACCAGGGGAAUAGCUUCUAGUCUGAGCGCCAUCAAUGUGACCAUAGCUUCCUUCCUGAUUCUGGUGAUUUAUCAACCAAUAACGGAUUACAUAGGGCUGUACGCAAAUUUUUACUUUUACUCGAUCGUCAUUUCAUCAGGCGGACUGUACUUUUACUUCUACGCGCCGGAAACAAAAGGAAAAUCGUUUCUCCAGAUCAAACGAGAACUCGUUAGCUUGUAUAGCUAGCCUGACGCCAGAACAAACUCGUGCAUUUAACAGUUUUUAUAAAACUAUUUUACAGAUAUGAAUCUUUGUCAACUUAUCUGUAUUCUCAUGUUUCCUUUAAUUGUAAGGUAAAAAUAUAAUGUUAACAUAGUAGUUAAAUAAUUUUUUAUACUAUUACUAAAUAAAUAAUUGAAAAAGGA